GUUUUUAAUGGACCCUUGAACUUGCCAAAUGGAGCAAUACAUAAGAAGCCGCCGCCUACACUGUCAGCCCAUUUUCUUAAUGUCUUCUUCAUCAUUUUUCAUUACCUCUCUACGCCCCUGUAACAAUUACAAGAACAUAAGUUAGAUGGAGUUCCGCUGCAAAAGUGUUUCUAAAAUUGUAUGUGAGCAGGAAAGUUAUGGGAGUUUCCAGAUCGGUGGGCGAGGCCAAAACGGAGGGGCGUUUUCGACCGUGUCAUCUGAUUGGCUCACGUCACACUGAUGGAGACCUCAUUCUGGUGAAAUUGGAGGCUGCAGCAGUGGGUGUGGUUUUCCACGGAUCUGACCAACAGUUGGGCUAAGCUGAAAUGAUUGACAGAAGACUGGCAGAGAACCAGUAUAAAAUCACCUGUCUGCGCUCAGCGAUGUGAAAGAGGCGUCACGGGAGAGGUCAGAGGUCAUGAUGUCUGCAGUGAGACUGCUGUCUGCGUUCAGCUGCCUUCUGCUGCUGCCAUGUCAGCUCGAGGCAAAAUCCCUGAUGAACAUCCUCAAACAGGAAGAUGUUGCUUCAGUCAGUAUCGACUCCAACAAGGCGAAUGAAUUCCUGUCCAGUUCUCGACCCAGGCGCAGCGUCGAUCCACGCUGGCACAAGCAAAGUCCAGAUUUCCAGGCGUAUUACCGAUACUACAGCAGCAUCGGACACACCGAGGGCCUGUAUGAGAUCGACAGGAUCCGCAUGCUGUACCAGCAGAUGAGACACCUGGAGCACGUCUACGGCCCCAACGCCUCGUACUACCAGAGCAAACUGGGGGUUCCGGUUCUGCCUCCGCUUCCCAAAUGUGACCCUGCCAAAGACAAGAACUGUAAGCUGGCUCCACCUCCGGCUCCGCCCCCAGCUGCGGUCAAAGCCCCAGUGACUCCGCCCAUCGCGCAGGCUGACGUCGUCUAUCUGUGCAACAGCAAAGACCCCCUGUGCAAGCCGCACAUCGUCUACAUGCCGACCGGUGCCGUGCCGGUGCUGUGCGACCCGCGCUACCACCCCACCUGCAAACUGGAAGGCCCCGGCCCUCCUCCCGCCCCCUCCAAGAAAUCCGAUCCGGCCCCGCCUCCUCCGCCGGCCCCCAUCGUCUACAAGGGAAUGGAAUACGACUGCGACCCUUACUGGGACCCCGACUGCCUGAUCGACCACCCGCCGCGGCCCAUCAAGGGUAAAGCGCCACCGCCGCCACCCGCACCCGUGACGGAGGAGGACGAGCCGGAGCCGGAGCCGCCGGUGCCCGUCAGUAAGAAACAUCCACACCCGUAUUACGGCCACCUUUAUCCCUACAACUACCGGUCUGAACUCUACGACCCGCUCCGACACUCGUACCCGGCGGUCGAAACGCCAGACAGCGCGUAGAGAGAAUUGCUGAAUUCAUUGUGUCCCAUUCGUUGUGAUUCAUGUUAAGAAAGUUGAAUAAAAUAUUGAGUAGUUUUCACCACUGUGAGUUUGUCCUGAAUCCUGAGGCUGCAGGAAACAGACGCUCGUGAACGCGCGUCAUACUGUGAGCGUCUCUGCGCUCGCGCUGUUAAAUCAGCAGGUUUGAGCCUCAUUAGCUGGAGAUACACAGCUGUUAGCGUUUAACGUUUUGCAGCGUGAGCAUAAGAAACACAAUAAACCCACACGCACACACACACAGAACAGCCUGUCAUUAACACGUGUGCUGUUUCUACUGCUGGUUUUGGUGUAUCCUAUUAAAAUCGAGGCUUUAUAAAACUCUCAGUAUGCAUGCUUUAGCAGAUCCUGUAACAAUCUUAUUUCAACUUCAUUUUUAAUA